AUGAUCGAACACCUGAAGAAGAGUCCCAACGCCGUCCGGGCGAGGGACGAGUCACUCCAGCUCGGCGUUGUCCUUACACACAUGCUCAACGGAUGCCUCUACCGCAACACCACAAAGACACCAUAUCCACAGCUAGAGGCUGACGUCGCCAUGCACCAGGCCGAGGAUCUCAUGUCUGAGCAUGACGUCGAUGUCUACGACGACGAACGAUACGACUGGUCGCCCGUGGGUGACAAGCAAGGCCUGUUCCUCCUGGGCAUAUUGCGCCGUGUGCUCGACGGCGACAUGUUGGCGCUCGCAUACAAGGCCGAGGACAUGCCCACCCUCCGUGGUUUGUUCGGCCAGACGGGGAUCCGGGUAGUCCCAUCCAAACGGAAUCCGUACCGAGUCCCCAAUCGCCAAACGCAGACGAGCUCGACGAUCAAUCACCGCACCGAACCCGUGCCUGAGCGCAAUCUCGGACUGGCGGACCGGGCAUCCGGAUCGACAUCGCAGAGCCGAGAAGGGAGGCCAUCGAUCGCGAGGAGAACGAGGACGAGCGCCUCCGUUAAACGCGGAUCAACGGGUGUCCCGUUGUGGGAGCAAUUCAAGUGUGAUCUCCUGCAGAAGGCCCCGUCUCCGAAGGGAAGACAGCAUCGAUCGUUCCUGACGGUCACAGCGAUCGAGAAGGUGAACGCACCCGACAGGCUGUUCAAGUCGCCGGUUUUGCCGUUCACGCAGUGCCGCGUCAAUCACGUGGACGGAACAUUCUGGACGGGCAUAAUGUUCGACCGGUAUUUCCCGCCGACACACACCACCAUCAACCAUUCGCUGCAGAACUACGUGCAGUGUGGACAUCCCCGCGCUCCGCGCGCGCUGCUGGGGCUGUUCAACCAAAUGCUCUGGCUGCCGCAGCCUGAGAAUGACCGGAUCUGGAAUACGCGUCAGGCCGGCGCCUCAUCGGCAAAAGCCGUGCCCACCGGGAGCCGAGGCCCGGCUCCCAUUCUAGCCGUAAAUCCGUUAGUCUACAAGGGCGAGCGCUGGGUGAUCCGGAGUGUGCGUCCGGAGGAGAUGAACCCCGAGGAGGAAGGCCGGCAAUCACCUGUGUAUGACGUGCCUUUCGAGAUGUCAUCAGACGAAGAACAAGCGGACAGGGAGCAGGCGGCGAGGGAUGAGAGGAUUAGGCGUCGCGAGGAAGAGGAGGAGUCGUCGGAAUGA